UGCCCACCCUUGUCUGAUCAGCAAACUGUACCAUACAGCGCCUGGCCUUGCAGAAGAUGGCGACGAUCACUUGAAGAUAUCACUCUAUCCAUGGUCCAUUUUCUCCUUCUUUUCGACUUUCUGCAUCCUGGUUAUGUGACAAGCAACAACCUCUACACCUCCUACAACUCUUUUGGUAUUACACGCUUCUCGAAUGCUGCGUUUUUCGCGAAAAUCGUCAGAAAAAGAAAACAAAAAGAAAAUUUCUAAAAAGAAAGCAGAGAAAGUUGCACCAAACAAGGGCAAAAGCUCCAAAGGAAAAGAUUCACCUAAAAACAAGACUACACCAGAACCCUGGGAUGAAGAGGAAGAGGAAGAAAACCCUGGACUUAUUGGAGUUCAGCGAUGCAGGAAGCUACUGGCAUCUUGUCCAAAGAGAACAGGUUCUGCCAAGUGUGCUGCAACAUUCAAGAGAAAAUCACGUCUCUCCAAAAAUCUCUCAGAAGUGCUUGUAGAUGAUAGCGUCCUACCUUACUUUAUGGAGUACAUGCAAGAUCAGAAUGCAAUAAACUUGCUCAACUUCUGGCUUACUGCAGAGACCUUCAGAUUAUCAACAAUCAACCGUCUCAAAAUUAAUUCUUUGUCACGAUUAAAAUCCACAAAACAUGAGGAGGGUUUGGUCAAUGGUGGAGACCAGUAUGAUGGCAAAAUAUCUCCGAAUUUAUUACUGGAUCAUCCUGUCCAAGGUUCUGAUUCAAGAGAUAGGAUUUUGAGCGACAGUAGCACAGAAAGUGAAUUUGGAUGUUUUACGCAGUUCAAUGGCCCUUCCGGUAGCACUGCAACAAACUUGCUGGCGCAACUAGACAUUGGAUCUGUUCUGUUCUGUGAUAAUUGCUCAAGCAUAAUAGAUAAAAGAUCUAAGGUCUGUAGUGUGUGUGGGAAAAAUGUGUCUCCAGACUAUGGAAAUGAUGAAGACAAUGAGCUGGAUUUGUUUGCUCAAAGCAGACAUUCUAUGAAGGGUGGUUUGUUCCCAAUCUCAGAUCAAAACCCUACAAGCUGUACAGAUGGACAGGAUGAUACAUUUACAACAGACAAAAAUAAGAUACUAUCAGACUCUAAGCAUGACCAGAGAAAAGUAACUUUUGAUUUAAAACCUGACUUUGAGAAUGAAGAGCGUGAGUUUUGUCGCAGAAGGACGAGAAGUAUUGUGAUUGACGCUGUCAGCAUAUACUCCAAGUAUAUCUCACUGGAAGCUACUCAUCCAUUUGGUCUGGAUGAACCGCUCCGAAGACAAGUCGAAGCCAACAUAUGCAGUGAAGAUGGAAAGAUUGACCCAGAAUGCUUUGUGCCAGCUCAGAAAUUUGCCUUCAGGGUCAUGGAACGAAUGUACUUUCCAGCAUUUUCCCAGAGCUCUUGGUACUGCAAACACCAGAUAGACAUGCUCACAAGUGGCUCAGUCUUUCUUUCUGAUAUCAUGUACAAUGAGCAUGCAGUGUUCUAUUUCAUGGAGUUUUUAGAGCAAGAAGGUGUGCGCCACAUGCUGGAGUUCUGGUUAACAGCUGAUAAUUUUCAGUCAAUGUUGAAAACAAAGAUGGAUAAUGGUAGCUACAAUGCCAGCCAAGCUCUAGAUGAUGCCAUGAUCAUUUAUGAGAGGUACUUCUCAAUGCAGGCGAGUCUGCCUCUCGGGUUCGAUGAUGUCACCAGAAUACAUAUUGAGAACAGUAUAUGCCGAGAGGGUGGGCCACUCCCAGAAUGCUUUGCUAUACCUAUGGAACAUAUCCUAUGCUUGUUGGAGGAGGUUUUCUUCCCUAGUUUCUUACAAAGUGAAAUUUAUUUCCAAUAUCUGAGCGAGCGACUGAACUCUGUUUCUGACUACCCCCCUCUUCAUGCGCCAGUUAUGGGUGGGGCCAAGCCUGAGGCUAAACUGAGUGUGGAUGAGACAACACACCUUGUGGCGUCAUCUGAACUGGACCUGUCCGAGAAUCCAGACGCAAUUUGGCAUAGACCAAACAAGGGGCCUCUGUCUCUUGGUCGUGUCAAUGAAUUCGGGAUUUUCGAGCCGAUAUUCGAGCCUGACCCAGACAGCGGAAACAACAUGUCAACAGCUGCAAAACUCGGUAAAGCGAUGCGCAAACUCGUAUCAGGAGGUGAAGACAAGGCUAAGGAAGAAAUGGCGUGGAAAAUUGCGAAGAUGAUGAUUGAAGACGUCAGGAAAGAGCAAUUGAAGGGAAAAGCUUCAUGAUUCAGCUCUUGAUUAACAGCUCAUCUGAACACUUAGCAUGUAAGCAUCGUGAGCUCAUCUAAACAAUAAGCAUGCAAACGGCAUGAGGUCAUCUGAACACUUAUCAUUCAAGCAACUGAUAAAAUAUGACCAUGUGGCAAGAGCAACCCCAGGAGCUGUAACAAUCUUGUCUUUUCUUCAUUGUGAAAAGCUUGCAUUUAGCUACUUGGCUUUGGUAACUAAUUUGACUAAUGGUGCUUUUACAUGUGAGUGACAUAUGGGCGGAUAGGUAGAACCAAAUCGAAACCAAAAUAACCACAUUUAUCCAUCCCUUCUUUUUGUCAGGACCGUGAUAGACCUUGAAAUAUUGCAGAAUGGCAGAACACCGAGACAUUGUAAACAGCUUUGAAACAAUAUAAUGACUCCAUUUCUGUUUUCCUGGUUUUCCUGUUUGAGGCAAUGAGUCGCCAUUUUUUGAACGCAUGAAGUGGUAGGGUUAUAGAUCAAACUACAACUUGUACAGGCAAAUAAAUACGUUAUAAAAUAAUUUAAAAAAAAA